GCUCAGGAAUCUCCAGUCCUUUCCAGACCGAUCCCCCAGCUUGGCUGAGAUUAUGGGGGGCGAAUGAUUCACAGAAGAAUAGCAGUUUCGGGUCUGGGCUGGAGGACGGGUCGGAGCCUGUGGGGAGACAGCCUGGGUCUCCCUGAGCCUGGGGACCCGGGCUGCCUUGUGGCCACUGCAGCUGGCCGUCCUCUAAGCCGAGCAGAGUGAUGACGACCGACUGAGCUUCCUCUCUGGGGAGGAAACAGUUAAAAUCCUGAGGCAGCUGCAGUCAGCUGGGCGUGGUUCUCCCAUCUGACUGGGGCCGCAGGAUUCUGGGCCCAGGAGCGGAGGAAGCACAGCUCUGGUGCAGAACUUCCACAUGGCUGAGUUUGAUCUGAUGGCUCCAGGGCCGCUGCCCGGGGUUCCCGCUCACCCUCCGGCCACUCUCAGCCCAGACCGUGGGUCGGCCAGCCCAGCAGAAGAAGAGGACGCAGCCGCCCCGGGGAGCUCCCCGGGGGAGAGCUGGGGACAGAGCCGUGGCUCUGCCUGGCAGGGGCGUCCUGGGGCGGAGGUGGAGGCGGAGGUCCUGUGCGACUUCUGCCUCGGGGCCAGCAGGGUGAGGGCCGUGAAGUCCUGCCUGACCUGCAUGGUGAACUACUGCCCGGAGCACCUGCGGCCGCACCAGGAGAACAGCAGGCUGCACGGCCACCAGCUGAGAGAGCCCAUGAAGGACUGGGACCUGCUCGUGUGCCCGGCACACCACAGCCCCCUGGUUGCCUUCUGCUGCCCCGAUGGGCAGUGCAUCUGCCAGGAGUGCGGCCGGGCCGAGCACAGGGGCCAUGCCUCUGACUCCCUCGAUGCCGCCCACAGGGACAAGGAGGCUGAGCUUCGGAUCACCCAGUUAGACCUGGAGCGGAAACUCAAGUUGAAUGAAAAUGCCAUCGCCAGGCUCCAAGACAACCAUAAAUCUGUUCUGGUGUCGGUGUCGGAGGUAAAGGCAGUGGCCAAGGAGCAGUUUGGGAAUCUCCUUGCUGCCAUGAGGAAGGCCCAGGCUGACAUGAUGCUUUUCUUGGAGGAGAAGGAACAAGCUGCCCUGGGCCAGGCCAAUGGCAUCAAGACCCACCUGGAGUACAGGAGCGCAGAGAUGGAGAAGACCAGGCAGGAACUGGACAGAAUCGCUGCCAUCGGCAACCCCGUGCUUUUCCUGGAGGAGUACUGCAAGUUCAAGAACAUGAAGGACGAUGCUUUCCCCAGUGUCUACAUUGGACUCAAGGACAAGCUCUCGGGCAUCCGCAAGGUCAUCACGGACACCACCGCACACCUGAUCCAGUUGCUGCAGAACUACAAGGAGAAGCUCCAGGAGUUCUCCAAGGAAGAGGAGUACGACAUCGGAACUCAGGUGUGUGCCCUCACUGAACACAAACACUGGACCUCAGAACCGGAGCCCAGCACCAGGCAGCAGUUCCUCCUGUAUGCCUGUGACGUUGCCUUCGAUCCCGACACGGCACACAGGUACCUCCGGCUGCAGGAGGACAACCGCAAGGUCACCAACACCACGCCCUGGGCGCACCCGUACCCGGGCCUCCCCAGCAGGUUCACACACUGGCGGCAGGUGCUGGCCCAGCAGAGCCUCUACCUGCAUAGGUACUACUUCGAGGUGGAGCUCUCCGGGGCGGGCAUCUACGUGGGCCUGACGUGCCAGGGCAUCGACCGCAAGGGCGAGGAACGCAAUGGUUGCAUUUCCGGAAACGACUUCUCCUGGAGCCUCCAGUGGGAUGGCAAGGGGUUCAGGGCCUGGCACAGUGACACGGAGACCCCACUCAGGGCCCGCCCUUGUCGGAGGCUGGGAGUCUAUGUGGACUUCCCCGGAGGCGUCCUCUCCUUCUACGGCAUUGAGCAGGAGGCCAUGACGCUGGUGCACCGUUUCGACUGUAAGUUUUCAGAGCCUGUCUACCCAGCCUUCUGGCUUUCCAAGAAGGACAACACCAUCCGGAUUGCGGAUCUGGGAGAGGAACCCGAGAAGCCGGCACCGACCCCGGCUGGACAUCUCGGGACCAUGGAAAACAUGGCAUCGAGGCUCAAAAAUGCCCCUUAUUUUCGAUGUGAGAAGGGGAACAAUUCUGUCCCCGUGUGCCAGAAGUGUGAGACGUGUGUCCUGGCCUGGAAGAUCUUCUCCACCAAAGAGUGGUUCCGAAGGGUGGGCAGGAUAUCCCAGAGGAGGUUUCUGGUCAGCAUCCUGCAGCAGCUGGAUAGCUUGUAUUUGUUACACUAUUUUCAAAAUAUCCUUCAGACCACGCAGGGGAAGGAUUUUGUCUACCACAGGUCCCGGGUCAACCUCAGCAAGAAGGAGGGGAAAAUCAUCAAGUCCUCCUUGAACCAAAUGCUGGACAAGAUGGUGGAACAGAAGAUGAGGGAGAUUUUGUACUGGUUUGGGAACAGCAGCUGCUGGACGAAGGCGAAUUACACACUCUUGCUGCUGCAGAUGUGCGACCCCGAGUUACUGCUCACUGCUGUUGAUGUCAUCAGAGUCCUGUUUCUGAGAGGGCGGAACGAUGCCUCAGGGAACGACCCAGACUCCAAGGAUGUGGUUUUCGUCCCUGAGAAAGGCCACACGCCCCCGUGCAAGACCUCACAAGUCUGCUGGGCAGCCAGACCCGGGCACACAUCCUUCCCGUUCUCCAAAACUACAGGAAAAGCAAGCUUGCACUUGUGUCGUGGGGAGCAAAAUGUGUCGUGGGGAGCAGCCACUACUGAAGGACAGUGGAAGAGUUCACUCCAGUAUAUUUCCGAGAUGAAUAGGCUGUCUUCUGAAAAAGCAAGCGUGUCCAAAGCAGGCUCGGCCCCCGCCGCCGAUGUGCUGGUGGAUCUGGAGGCCGUCAGAGAGCUGUCUUCUGGGGUCAGCGCAUACCGCGACUUCAUCCGUCACCUGCCGGUCCAUCUCUCCAAGUAUAUCCUCGGUAUGCUGGAUAAGAACAGCCUGAACAGGUGUGUGUUCGUGAGCCAGCACUGGGCAGUGCUGGCACAGCAGGUCAGGACCGACCUGUCCAUGCACUCUUUCAUCCAGCACCAGAUCACCUUACUGCAGGGGUCCUACACCAGGGGAAUAGACCCUAAUUAUGCCAACAAAGUUACUAUCCCAGUUCCUAAGAUGGCAGAUGACGGGAAGCACCUAUAUGUGAAAAAUCAGAAAUGGAAACUGAGAACGAAGAAUGACUACAACCUGUGGACCGCAUACCAGAACCAGGAAACUCAGCAGGUGCAGAUGGAGGAGAGGAAUGUCUUCUGUGGCACUUAUAACAUCCGCAUUCUCUCUGACAUGUGGGACCGAAACAGAGUCAUCCACUAUUCUGGGGGAGAUUUGUUAGCUGUGUCAUCCAAUCGGAAGAUCCAGCUUCUGGACAUCAUACAGAUAAAACAGAUACCCAUCAAGUUCCGAGGCCACACUGGGAGUGUCCGUACCCUCUUCUUGUGUGAGGAGGAAAACUUUCUCCUGAGCGGGAGUUAUGACCUGAGUAUCAGAUACUGGGAUCUGGACAGUGGGGCUUGCAUACGCAUCUUCAAUGGCCACCAGGGGGCUAUCAGUUGCAUGGAUGUGUGGAAGAACAAGCUCGCAUCUGGAGCAAGAGAUUGCCAGGUAAAAGAGUGGGAUAUAGAGACAGGAAAGUGCCUGAAGACCUUUAAACACAAAGACCCCAUCCUGGCCACCAGGAUCAAUGACACGUACAUCGUGAGCAGCUGUGAGAAAGGGCUGGUCAAAGUGUGGCACAUCAUCACAGCCCAGCUGGUAAAGACUCUCAACGGCCAUGAGGGAGCUGUGAAGUGUCUGUGCUUCGACCAGUGGCAUCUCCUGUCGGGAAGCGCUGACGGCCUGGUGAUGGCCUGGAGCAUGGUGGGAAAGUACGAGCGGUGCCUCAUGGCCUUCAAGCAUCCAAAGGAGGUUCUCCACGUGGCCCUUCUCUUCCUCCGGGUCAUCAGUGCCUGUGCAGAUGGCAAGAUCCGCAUUUACAAUUUCCUAAACGGGAACUGUCUGAAGGUGAUGAAAGCCAAUGGCAGAGGUUAUCCUGUGCUGUCCUUCUUUAUUCAGGGCAACAGGAUGGUGAUCAACACAGAGAGCAACAUCCUCAUGUUCCAGUUCGAGAAUAUCAAGUGGCAGUACCCCCUGGAACGGGCCAAACAAAAGAAGGACAAAGAGUAUGACAGGGAAGAAAACGGCCUCGCAGAAGUUCUCUCCAAGUCGAGCACUCAGAUUUACAGCCCUCAGGAAUCCAUACCUAGCAAACACACGGCCCAGGAGUCCCUGUUCAGCAAAUCUCACAGGUCCCCAGUUCUCCUGAGGGCAUCCAGGUUACCCACAGGAGUGUUAACGGAGUCCCCUUUAAGUCAAGGAAUGCCAAAGUCACCCCGAAGAGAUGGCAGGAAGAGAUCGAGUUCUAGGGAAGCAAAUGGCACGGGCACUGAGCAAGAGAAUUUGGAAGCAAAACCCCUCGCCGGAGAUAAGAAGAACGCAGGUGAUGUGGAGGAAAUACCAAAACAAGGACAACUGGGAACUUUGGGGGACUUGAUCAGUUGCUCAAAGAAGAAGUCCUGGUGCAUCUCUAUGUCACCUGACCAGUUCCUCCUGACUGUGAAUGCCCUGCAGAAAGCCCAUAAUUCUGGGGAGCUUGCCUAUCCCCGGAGGCCCCAAACCCAGGUCAUCGAUGCCUGGGGACCUUCCAUUUCAUACCCAAGGAAGGUCCUGAGUUUGAAGGGACGAUCGGUCCAACAUGCCGUCGAUCGGUUGAGAUUGAGCAACCCUCCCAUAGACGUGAAACAAACCAGUAUUCCCCUUGAAAUCCAGAAGCUUCAGCCUAACCUGAAGAACUCCGUGCACAGCCCCAGAGUCCAGUCUACCAUCCCCCAGCCGGUGCUCAUCUGCCCCAGGUUGUCUGGCAGCUUAAAGGCUGAAGACCCGCCAACCAGUUCAACUGAUGGGGCAGUGCGCAGCUUCAGCCCCUUAACCAGCACACAGGUCAUCCAACCAAACCGCGUGCUGGCUCCGCCGAUGGGCACGACGGCCCAGGCUGCCAAGAGAGAUUGGCCCCGCUUCUACACGGCCCUCGACCCCUUCAGAGUGAACACGGAGUUCAUGCUGCUGACUGUGAAGGAGGAGAAGGAGUACGAGGAGGCCAAGAUGAAGGAGUUUCAGGCCAUAAAGCCGGCUGGAGGGGUUGAUCUGGAAAAAGCCAGCAGAGCUGCCUGGGUCAGGAAGAUCAAAGGCCUGCCCAUUGAUAAUUUCAUGAAACAAGGGAAAACAGCAGCCCCUGAACUUGGGCAAAACGUAUUUAUCUGAACCAGCCUUGGGAAAUUACAGCGUUUUAUAAUAAACAAAAAACCA